AGUCACUGCCCUGACGGCGGCGGCGGCGGCGGUUGGCCGGUGGGGGCUGGGGCGAGCACGACCGAUUCUGCUGGGAAAGCUGGAACUGGCAGCCGCCGGGGGCCAAGAGGAGGAUCCGGAGCUGGGAGCGUGCCCCGGGCCUGGCGGAGGAGGCGGCUGCAGUUGGAGUGGAGUCCCGGGAGCGCUGCUGGCGGCGACUUCUCAGCGAAGCAAGUGUCUGAGACUGAGAGUCCGCAGGAGCGGCAGCGGCAGCGGCAGCGGCGGCCACGGCGGCGGCUGGGGCCGAGUUACUUGUGGAAUUGUUGAUUACCUGGACGUCUUAAAACCAAGAAACCUAUGAACAGGUUCAUUAAGAAUCUGCUGUCUUGAAAAAUGCAUUUUAUGAAUGCUUUGAAUUAAGAAGGUGUUAACAGUGGUUGUCAUUUCUGCCACAUAAGAGACUAUAAUCUGAAACAGUUCCCUGGCAGUUGCCCAGAUGCCUGAAACUGGCAAGAUCUAGUACUCUGAGUGAUCAUCCUUCAACGAGAAAUACAGAGCUAUUUACAUACUGUACCUCAUACCGUAUAAAUGUAAUCUCUCUGAUUUAAUGCAGUGGACCUCUUUUCUGAAUCUAAUUGUCAGAUGCAGAAUUAACACUUGGAAUCUGGAGAAGCAUUUUGUACAAAUUGAAAGAUUGGGUUUUUUCUUUAGUUUUCCAUGUAUUGUCUCAUCUCUGUUCUUGAAACAUCCACAAUCACAUAAACUCCAUUUAUAACCAUGGAGUUAUGUGACUCAUUGAAAUAUAGGAAAAGUGUUGCUGAGCUGUGGAAUCAGGCGUUUUUCCCUCAGUUCAACAACUAAUGCAUAGACUGCUGAUCAAGAAUAAGGAACCAAAUAAAGUCAUGCACGUUCUGUUGACAGAUGAACUCUGUGGCUGUUGAAUUUUACUGUAACUAGUUACUGUCUUCAGAGUCAACUUAAUAUACAAGUUAUGUCAUAAUGGAUGGAAAGACCUGUGUUGAUGUAUCCAGACUCUAGCAAAUGAAGAUAAAAAACCUAUUAUGACUAAUCCUUGGGAAGAGAAAGUCUGCAAAAUGGCUCAAACCAGUUUACUGCAAGGGAAGCAGUUUUACUGUAGGGAGUGGGUUUUCCACAAGCUUCAGCAUUGCCUCCAGGAGAAAAGUAACUGCUGCAAUAGUGCUGUCAAUGCACCAUCACUUGUAGUGAAUUCUGGGAAUAAUGCUAGUGGUGUCUCUGGAAAGGGAGCUGCCUGGGGUGUGUUGUUGGUAGGAGGGCCUGGCAGUGGCAAGACGGCCCUAUGUACUGAACUCUUAUGGCCAAGUUCACCUACAAGUUUGCAGAGAGGUUUACAUCGCCAAGCUUUGGCCUUUCAUUUCUGCAAAGCCCAGGACUCUGAUACUUUGUGUGUUGGAGGGUUUAUUAGAGGUCUAGUAGCCCAGAUCUGCCGCAGUGGACUACUCCAAGGAUAUGAGGACAAGCUAAGGGAUCCAGCAGUCCAAAGCCUCUUACAGCCUGGGGAGUGCGAGAGAAACCCAGCCGAAGCAUUUAAAAGGUGUGUUCUACUCCCUCUUCUGGGAAUGAAGCCUCCCCAGCAAAGCCUAUACCUGCUUGUUGAUUCUGUUGAUGAAGGGUGUAACAUUACUGAAGGUGAACAAACGUCUACCAGCUUAUCUGGGACUGUUGCAGCACUUUUAGCUGGUCACCAUGAGUUCUUUCCACCAUGGCUAUUGCUUCUCUGUUCUGCCCGAAAGCAGAGUAAGGCUGUUACUAAAAUGUUUACUGGUUUUCGAAAAAUAAGUUUAGAUGACCUUCGGAAGGCAUAUAUUGUCAAGGAUGUUCAGCAGUACAUUCUUCAUCGUUUAGAUCAAGAAGAAGCUUUGCGACAACACCUCACAAAAGAAACUGCAGAGAUGUUAAAUCAACUGCACAUUAAAAGCAGCGGAUGCUUUCUUUACCUAGAACGAGUUUUAGAUGGAGUUGUAGAAAAUUUUAUUAUGUUAAGAGAAAUUCGUGACAUCCCAGGAACUCUAAAUGGUUUAUAUCUCUGGCUGUGCCAAAGACUUUUUGUAAGGAAACAAUUUGCAAAGGUUCAGCCUAUUUUGAAUGUGAUUCUUGCAGCCUGCCGACCUUUGACCAUAACGGAAUUAUAUCAUGCAGUAUGGACCAAAAACAUGUCGUUAACUUUGGAAGAUUUUCAACGCAAGUUAGAUGUCCUCUCCAAACUUCUUGUUGAUGGACUAGGAAAUACAAAAAUACUGUUUCAUUAUAGUUUUGCAGAGUGGCUUCUGGAUGUAAAACACUGUACUCAGAAGUAUUUAUGUAAUGCAGCAGAAGGACACAGAAUGUUGGCUAUGAGUUAUACCUGUCAAGCCAAGAAUUUAACACCAUUGGAAGCACAAGAAUUUGCAUUGCACUUAAUUAACUCAAACUUACAAUUAGAGACAGCGGAGUUAGCUCUGUGGAUGAUAUGGAAUGGUACACCUGUCAGAGAUUCCCUUUCUACUUUAAUACCCAAGGAACAAGAAGUGCUACAGCUGUUGGUUAAAGCUGGGGCUCAUGUCAACAGUGAAGAUGAUCGCACAUCAUGCAUAGUUAGACAAGCCUUAGAAAGAGAGGAUUCCAUUCGGACAUUAUUAGAUAAUGGAGCUUCAGUAAAUCAGUGUGAUUCAAAUGGGAGAACAUUAUUGGCUAAUGCUGCAUAUAGUGGCAGUCUUGAUGUAGUCAAUUUACUUGUCUCUAGGGGAGCAGAUUUAGAGAUAGAAGAUGCUCAUGGACAUACACCACUCACCCUAGCAGCUAGACAAGGACAUACCAAGGUGGUUAAUUGUUUGAUUGGGUGUGGAGCAAAUAUUAAUCACACUGAUCAAGAUGGUUGGACAGCAUUAAGAUCUGCUGCUUGGGGUGGCCAUACUGAGGUAGUUUCUGCACUACUUUAUGCUGGCGUAAAAGUGGAUUGUGCAGAUGCUGAUAGCCGAACAGCUUUGAGAGCAGCAGCAUGGGGAGGACACGAGGAUAUUGUACUGAAUUUGCUACAACAUGGCGCUGAAGUGAACAAAGCUGAUAAUGAAGGUAGAACUGCUUUGAUAGCAGCAGCAUACAUGGGACAUAGAGAGAUUGUGGAACACCUACUGGACCAUGGAGCAGAAGUAAAUCAUGAGGAUGUUGAUGGCAGGACUGCACUCUCUGUAGCUGCACUUUGUGUGCCUGCAAGUAAAGGGCACGCAUCAGUUGUUAGCCUUUUAAUUGAUCGAGGUGCUGAAGUGGAUCAUUGUGAUAAAGAUGGCAUGACUCCACUGCUGGUAGCUGCCUAUGAAGGACAUGUUGAUGUGGUUGACCUGCUUCUAGAAGGGGGAGCAGAUGUAGAUCACACAGAUAACAAUGGUCGUACACCCCUCUUAGCAGCAGCUUCUAUGGGUCAUGCAUCAGUUGUAAAUACACUUUUGUUUUGGGGUGCAGCUGUGGAUAGUAUUGAUAGUGAAGGUAGGACAGUCCUCAGUAUAGCUUCAGCACAAGGAAAUGUUGAGGUGGUACGUACUCUACUGGAUAGAGGGUUAGAUGAAAAUCACAGAGAUGAUGCUGGAUGGACACCUUUGCACAUGGCAGCUUUUGAAGGGCACAGAUUAAUAUGUGAAGCACUUAUUGAACAAGGUGCUAGAACAAAUGAGAUUGACAAUGAUGGACGAAUCCCUUUCAUAUUAGCUUCACAAGAGGGUCAUUAUGAUUGUGUUCAAAUAUUACUGGAAAACAAAUCCAACAUCGAUCAAAGAGGUUAUGAUGGAAGAAAUGCACUGCGGGUUGCUGCAUUAGAAGGGCACAGGGACAUUGUUGAAUUGCUUUUUAGCCAUGGAGCUGAUGUUAACUGCAAAGAUGCUGAUGGUCGGCCCACACUUUAUAUCUUGGCCUUAGAAAAUCAGCUUACAAUGGCCGAAUAUUUUUUAGAAAAUGGUGCAAACGUAGAAGCAAGUGAUGCUGAAGGAAGGACAGCACUUCAUGUGUCUUGUUGGCAAGGCCAUAUGGAAAUGGUGCAGGUCCUGAUAGCAUACCAUGCUGACGUCAAUGCUGCAGACAAUGAAAAGCGCUCUGCUUUGCAGUCUGCAGCCUGGCAGGGCCAUGUAAAAGUGGUUCAGCUUCUGAUUGAGCAUGGUGCUGUAGUUGACCAUACAUGUAACCAAGGUGCAACUGCACUCUGUAUUGCAGCCCAGGAAGGGCACAUUGAUGCUGUGCAGGUCUUAUUAGAGCAUGGUGCUGAUCCAAACCAUGCUGAUCAAUUUGGACGCACUGCUAUGCGUGUUGCAGCCAAAAAUGGACAUUCUCAGAUAAUUAAAUUAUUAGAAAAAUACGGUGCAUCUAGUUUGAAUGGCUGUUCACCAUCUCCUGUUCACACAAUGGAGCAAAAACCUCUACAGUCAGUGUCUUCAAAAAUGCAGUCAUUAACAAUUAAAUCAAAUAGCUCUGGUAGUACUGGUGGAGGGGAUAUGCAGCCUUCGUUACGUGGUUUACCUAAUGGGCCAGCUCAUGCUUUUAGUUCUCCUUCAGAAUCUCCAGAUUCUACAGUUGACCGGCAGAAGUCAUCACUGUCAAAUAAUUCCCUGAAAAGCUCAAAAAAUUCAUCUUUGAGAACUACUUCAUCUACAGCAACGGCUCAAACAGUGCCAAUUGAUAGCUUUCAUAACUUGUCAUUUACAGAACAAAUUCAGCAGCAUUCAUUGCCACGCAGUAGAAGUCGACAGUCAAUUGUUUCCCCAUCUUCCACAACACAGUCCUUAGGACAGAGUCAUAAUUCACCAAGCAGUGAAUUUGAGUGGAGUCAAGUAAAGCCCAGUUUGAAGUCAACUAAAGCAAAUAAAGGGGGGAAAUCAGAAAAUUCUGCCAAGUCGGGAUCAGCUGGGAAAAAAGCGAAACAAAGUAAUUCUUCACAGCCAAAGGUUUUAGAAUAUGAAAUGACUCAGUUCGAUAGAAGAGGACCUAUAGCCAAAUCCGGGACUGCUGCACCACCUAAACAAAUGCCAGCAGAAUCUCAAUGCAAAAUUAUGAUACCUUCAGCUCAGCAGGAAAUUGGUCGAUCUCAACAGCAGUUUCUUAUUCACCAACAAAGUGGGGAACAGAAGAAGAGAAAUGGAAUAAUGACAAAUCCAAAUUAUCAUCUUCAGAGCAACCAGGUUUUUCUUGGUAGGGUUUCAGUCCCACGAACAAUGCAAGAUAGAGGGCAUCAGGAAGUGUUGGAGGGAUACCCUUCCUCAGAGACAGAAUUAAGCCUUAAACAAGCUCUGAAGCUUCAGAUUGAAGGUUCUGACCCUAGCUUCAACUAUAAAAAGGAAACACCAUUAUAAAAGUUUCCUAUUCUGUGAAACAGAAGACAUUGUGAUGGAGUGGUUCUUCAGCUACUGGAUGGAAACAUAUGCCUGUUAAUUUGCUGAAAAAACAAACAAAAUGAAGAAUGUGAUCUCUGCAGUACAGUUACCUUAAUUACUGUAAUGUGCCUAAAUAGUAAGGCUGCCUUCUCAAUGUAACCCUCUGUGCUUAAAAAAAUUUAAUUUUAUGUGCUUUGUAUUCACUACACAGGAAUAAGCACUUUUUAAAAAUGCAGAUACAUGCUGCAGUUCCCUGAUAAAAGCUGAAAAGAAAAUUUGAGUAUUUUAAGUUAAGAUUUGAUAAAAAAAUGUGCAUGUGCCAUAAUCAAAUAUAUAUGAAAAGGCAGUGUUCCUUGUAUUUAUUUUUUUUUCUUUUUGUGGCAAAAGAAACUUAAACAUACUGUGUCAGUCACAUUGCAUUGUAGUGUAUGGCCUGUUUCUUGUAUCUUUAAAGAUGUUGCUCAAUAAAACAAAUCUUGCAACUGUUCUAUGUUCACUACACCUUCAGCAUUGGAUAAAAAUCAGUUUCUAUACAUUGAAAUGAAAAAAUGAUUUCUUGGCAGUUUAAAAAAAUAUUUUAUAGUAGUUUAGGGAGCUGCUUUAAGUAGUUUAAAUCUGGAUUUUCCCAGUAGAAUUCUUCUCAUCUCUGGCUAAACAUGUCAGAACAAACAACCAACCAGUCUGUAGGCAGAAUAAAGUCCUAUUUCAUCCGCUGGGAUACAAUUUCACCUUCCAUUCACUUUGUCAUUCCACCUCUAAGAAGACAGACUAUCAUUCCUGAGGCAUGAAAAUUCUCAGGGACAAAGCCAUGCCUCAGUCACAUGUGUGUGCAGAGAGAAAUGCACCUAUCUAAGGGUAGAUUUUUGAUCCCUGAAUAAUUCAUUGACUAAACUGACCUCUUCCUCCUGGCUAAAUAAAUUAAUUUUGCUGGCUUCUCUCUCAGCGGUUUCUAUUUUGUAAAUUGCUGCAUGACCAAAAUAGCCCCACUCAAAAUAAAUUGAAUUAAUUUUAAUGGUUUGGUUGGAUGAAUAUAAAAUGUGCUGUCCUUCACAGAUGACACCACUCACCUGUCAAUCAUAGCACAUGUGUACUUUUUAUUGUUACUUAAUAGUGAUAGAUUUGCACUAUUCUAUCCUCAUACUCUUUCCUGUUUUCUUCUUUGUACAAUUGCAUGCAGGAGGGCUGGAUGCCAGGGUUAAGAGAGAAAUUCAUGACAAGGAAGGUAAAAUUGGUUCAAAUGAGCAUGUGACCCACAGCCUUAGUCUCCUUACUCUUAAAUCAGUGGAGCUGUAGCUUAGAUGGGUCGUUUAUAUGUCUGGAAAAGUUGUCAUAACAGUUUAGAAGCCAAAGUUGUGGAUUUGAUCUUAGAAUGGGCCUGUUAGUCUUAUAGAACCCAGAAAUUCUGUUCUUUUCAUAUACUGUUGAUAAGGAGGAAUGAGGAAAGAGAAUCUGGAGAUUCAGCACAAAACCAUUGCUACUUCUAGAACAAAAUCUUUAGAAUAUGUCCUAAUAACAAAGGUCAGUAAUGUCAUCUUCAUAUAUGAAGGACACAUGUGAUACAUUGUUCGUGGAAAUAGAAAUGUGUAAUUAUGAUAAAUGUUUCACUUGAAUCUUAUUGUAAGGCUUUUCUUGCUUUUAUUUUUUAAAGUCAGCAAAACUCAUUUUGUCUGUCAUCUAUAAGUCAUAGUAAGGACUACGAGAUAAGUUGAUAAGUUCAAUUGAUAUUAAGGUGACAUGGCAAUAUUAGUAACUCAGAUGUGAAUGUUUCAAGUAUUGAAUUCUUGUCCCUAUGGGACAUUUAUUAAAUACACUUAAUAGGACUCUUGCAAAGUAGCCUUAAAAGUGUUAAUGAGUCUAUUAAUAAAUAUGAACACAUACUAUUAUUAGAACCAACUUUACUCAUAUCUCAAAUACAGUACAUUUACAUUACUGUAGAGGAUGAAGCUCUAAUUUCUAUUACAUGUAUUUUUCUUUAGAACGAGAACCCUGAAAGCUGCCAGUUUUCUAUUAACUUUGAAUUAUUGAAAUUGUAUUUAUUUAAUUUUAUUGUUUUUACAAAAUUGCACCUUGUGUCCAAAGGGCGAAGAUAUGGCAUUGCAUAAGGGAUUUAUGUUUUUCAAAGAGCUAACUGUUUUCAUAUCCGUACUAUAUACACUUGAAGCAGUUAGUAGGAAGAGAACCUAUUGGAAAAAUAUGAUUUUCAAAAGUAAGUAUUCCUCGGGAUGUUUUUAUAUAAAUUAUGUUUUGGAAUAGAACAUAAAUGACUUUGAGUUAGGAUAAGGAUGGUAAGAUGGGUGCUGGAGAUGCUCUGCCUUGCUUAUUUGUUUCUGUGGGGGAUUUAAUACUAUAAAUGAAAAUGGCUUCUGCUCCAUUAAAAAGUAAACAUUGUCCUCCAAAUAUAAAACUCCUUAAUAGAUAUUUUUGAAAUUAAAAUCUUUAAAUUUUAUAAAUCAGUUGUUGCCACUACACAACUAUGAUGGCAUGUGCUUACAACAUUUUUAUAACAUUCCGUCUGUGUCUAUUCCCUAAAUAUCAUGAGUUUAUAGUAAGGAAAGUGAUAAAAAUACAGUAAUGAAAUAAAAAUCUGAAUGUUUCUAAGAAAGGUUUUGGAAGGAAAAAUGACCUGAAAUCGGUGCGUACUGCAAAGUACAGCCAAUAAUUUUUGUUCUUUGUCUUCACCCCCACCCUCACUGGAAUUCUCACCAAAAAUUUGAUACUUAAAAAACAGAAGUAAAUACUUUUCUCAAUAUUGUUUUGGCUAUGCAAAUAUUUGUUUUGCUUAAUGUCCUCCAUUUACACUUCUCAGCAAAUGUAGUUGCAAACAAAUGCUUUUUAUUUUUCCCUUGGUUUGAGGUAUGUAAAUAGCCUAAAAUGUACAUUGAAUUUCACAUUGUAAAAGUUUUAUUUUAUCCCUUGUAUGAUAUUACUCAAAAAAUCCCUAUGUAUAUGAAAGUGCAUAAUAAAUAUAUUUGCUUUACAGAGAAGAUCUUGUUUUAAUUUUGUCCUUGAACCAGUAGAACAUGCAUGAUAUGCAUAUAGUAUAAACAACUGUUAGUUGUUUUAAGUUAUUAUCUUAAAUAAAUCCUGAGCAAAUGAAUUUGGAAACAUUUUGCAAAGCAGAAAGUGAAAUACAACACUGUCCAAAGGAAGGUAGAAAAACAGAAAGAUUUAAUGUUUAUGUCUUCCUAAGCCUUUUUAAGGACUUAAUGUUCUUUCUCCCCCCCGUGACUGAUUAUAUACUGUAUCACACCAUGUCAGGUUUUGUGCCUCUGAGAAUUGCAGUAAUCCAAUAAAUUUUGUAUAUGUGUGCUCCUUGAUCAUCAGAAUAUUAUGGCCAUCUUAUGGUGGAUAUUUUGGGAGUUUAUUGCAAACAUGGUCAUUCAUUUUCUAAAUAAAAUUUGUGUGUUUCUUCACUCAGUAAA